AUGGAGGUUACUGCUCGUGCUGCUGUGCUGUUCCUCCUGCUCAUAUCUCAGGCCCUAAGAACUGUUCACUCACAGGAGGAGGAGGAGGUUGUCCAGGAGGAGGAGCUGCAGGAGGAGGACCAGCAGGUGAUCGAAACAUGGACGAGCAACGUCAAGUCCUGCACCUGUGACUGUGAGUCUGCUGACUCACCCACACUCACCCCCAGGGUCAUCCAACCUGUGCCGCCCACGUCCCUGCCACCGCCACCUCAGGGCCACCCACUGAACUGCAUGCCAGAAUGCCCCUACCACAGACCUCUGGGAUUUGAAUCUGGAUCUGUAACAUUAGACCAGAUCAGCUGCUCCAGUCAGGACCAGUACACCGGCUGGUACUCCUCCUGGAUCCCCGACAAGGCCCGCCUGAACAACCAAGGCUUUGGGUGUGCGUGGCUGUCAAAGUUCAAUGACCAGUACCAGUGGAUCCAGAUUGAUCUGCAGAAUGUGGGGGUGGUGUCUGGUAUCCUCACCCAGGGCCGCUGCGACGCUGAUGAGUGGAUUACUAAAUACAGCAUCCAGUAUCGCACAGUGGACACUCUGAACUGGAUCUAUUACAAAGACCAGACGGGAAACAACAGGGUUUUCUAUGGGAAUGCUGACCGAUCCUCCACCGUGCAGAACCUGCUGCGUCCACCCAUCGUGGCCCGCUACAUCCGCCUGCUGCCACUGGGCUGGCACACCCGCAUCGCCAUGAGGAUGGAGCUGUUGAUGUGCAUGAACAAGUGCACCUGA